GCUCUACAUGUGGCAAUCUAGUCCGACUGGCCAGCAGUGGGAAACUGUUCACUGCAAACUUUCAAUGUGCUAUCGCGGAAGACCAUCGUUGCGCGUUAUUAUCACAAGACAGUCCGACAGAGUCAUGGAGAUGAAGAUGCCGCGGUCUGAAAGCCAAGCUUGCAUGCAAUUCAGGUGCCAACCUUGACCAACCUCCCCACGAUCUUCAUGAGAGAACUAGCUUCCAGGUUUUUCGAAGUUAAGCAUGCCGAAGCCGCGAUUGGUUCACCCAACAAUGAAUAUGGCAGCGAAAUGCAUUCCUUCCCAUCAUACUUCGCCGCGAAUCAGGGCUGCGCAACGACGACGCGCGGAAUAUAUCAAUCGACAGUCCACACUCUCUCAAUCUUCAAUUCAGAGUUGUAGACUUAUAAAUUGGCGCGAUGCAGUUGAGCUCGGAUCCUGUGCAAGCAAGAAAGAGUCUACCACUGCAGUCCAGCGACAAGGCUUCGAGCGGGGCAGAGUGUCUUCAUUGCUUAGCACUGCAGUCUGAAAACUCUCUUUCUUCCAACGAAUGAUGACCGCGAUCGUGAGAAAUGAUCUCAGCAUGCGAUCAGCAGCGCAAUGUUUGAUCGAGCUGAUUUACGCCCAGAUUUCACGGUGUUCUCAAUAAUGAUCCCGGUCUUUUCAAGUACACGUCUAGACUUGUUACACUACUGUAGUCACGGAUGAUCGACACGAUCUAAUGUAG